GCUUGUUUCUCUCACACACCAGGACGGGUGGGGUGCGCUUGUUUUGCAGACAUGUCGGUGACGGUGUGGUGUCUGUCGUUCCGCCAGCCGUACGCAGGUCUGGUUCUGGACGGGCUGAAGACGCUGGAGAGCCGCUGGAGGCCCCUGCUGGCCCCGCUGGAGAACCACACCCUGGCGGUCCACAUCGCCCGGCGGGACUGGGAGGGCGACGAGUGGCGGGCGGUGCUUCGCGGCCCACUGGGGAUGAACGAGGCUCAGAUCCAAGCGCUCCUGGAGUCCGGGGAGCGGUUCGGCCGCGGCGUGGUGGCAGGAUUGGUGGAUGUGGGCGUGACCUCGCUGUGUCCCGCCUCCAUGCUGGAGGAGGAGCUUCAGCACCUGGAGAGGGCGGCCCUUCUGGUUGGUCUGCAGGAGAAACACGUGACUCACCUGUCCAACCCUCGCUGGCUGAAGGAGCCUCUGAGCUCCCGAGGAGGUCGCGACCCCUGGACUGUGGAGAUCCCCACGGAGCUGUUGCCAUGACGACACGUGAUGCACACAGGUCCGGUGUUAAGUCGAGUGUUCACACCCGGUGUUAAAAUGUCCUGAAAGCGUCUCCUGGGGUCAGAUCUCACUUCCUGACCUGCAGGUGAACACCUGGUCCUCUGUGUUAAAGACCAGUCUCAGUUUACAGACGUGUGCGUGGGAGCAUUCCAGCAUUUGAAUGAAAGUAUUGAUCUGUAUCUUGUGAUCAGUUUUGAUAUUGUGACUCUUAGGACGUCAGCUGAGAGGACGUCCUUCAUGUGUGGACCAGGAUGGAUCUGAAAUGAGACUGUUAGAGGAUGUGGACCCAUGUGGUCUGGUGGGACCAGACCUUCAUCUGAUCGGAGUGUGUUCACACCUGAACUUUCGUUUUCCUCAGAGAAACAAUCCUACAGAUUUUUCCUGUUGCGCCACCUGCAGGUCCAACUGGACACUGCAGGUUUCAGCUCCUCAUCCUGUCGGCCAGACUCAAUAAAGUGAUGUAUAUUAAUUUAGCACGCUAAUAUAUCAUGCUAAUGUAACAGUCAACAUCUUGUAUUUUUUAUGAUGAAAAUCUAAACUGAGGGAAUAAAACAAUGUGAACAAAAAAUGUUUCUUCAAUAAAUC